UUGACAGUUCACAACUUUGUAUUCAUUUGUAGUUUUGUUAUUAAUAUAAGUUAACUGUUUUGUAUUUAAUUAACUAUAGGUAAUUUCAAGAGUAAUAAAGCUGAAGAGUGCUAGGCAAAAUAUAGCUCAGUCAUUUCUUCUUCUUCCGUAGGGUGUUCAAAGGCUCCCAAGCCGCUUGCGGUCUAGCUCCUUGUGAGCAGUUUGUCUUAUAAAAUGAUUCAAACUUAGAAAUCUGAAACAAGACGACACUAGAGCACAAUACAAGAUUGUCAUGGAAGUGGUAUUUAAUAUAAAAGCUGAAGAGGAUUUUCUACAUGUAGUAAAAGACAUCCUAAAAACCUUAUAUGAUAAUCACAGUAAGCCUAAUCAAUUAAUAAAUGAAACUACAAUAGCAACAGCUAAAGAUGAAAUCAAAGAAGUUAUUGUUAAGACUGGCUGUGAUGCGGAGAAGGUAUACGAAUUAUUAGUAUCAAAGGGCUUGGUAAAGGAAAGAAGCAAAAUAGUGUCAUCUGUAAUAGAAAGUAGGAAGAGUGAAUUAUUAUAUUCAACAUUACUUAGCUACAACAGUGCACAUGGAGAAACUGUUUCAUCAUUUGAUUGGUCUGUCAAGCUUGUUUAUGGCACAAGUGAACUUAAAAAGUUGAAAUACCCUAUCAUGCAGUUGGCAUUAGCAACACUUAACAAGGGUAAUCAUCAACGGCUGAUUUAUGACCUUAACAAAGAUAUGCUUGUUAACAUGAUAAAUGUACUGGAAAAUGUUGAUGCACAAUCUUGAUAUUUCAAAUGGAAUGAAACAGUAAACAGUUGGUAAGGACCAUUAUUUUUUUGGAAAGAUUUGGACAAGCCUUUCUGAGACUUCUUCAUCUGACCUUUGAAUGGACUAAGCAAUCCUUAAGGCAACAAAUUCUUGGACAUAAUUGUCACCAAUUAAUUAAUUGUCUUAUUGUUGUCUGCCCAGAAAUAUGUUAAUGAAACUUCUUUAACCCAUUCAAUGCAGUGUAAAAUUUUACUAAUAAAAUAGAUGCGGGUGGUCUGGAUAAUUUUGGUUUUCUUAAAAAUGUAUAUUGUCUUGAUGAAUAUUUAGUUAUAUAAGUACUAAAUAAAUCUCCUUUGUCUAUCCUCUA